AAAACUCCAAAAACCACGGAAGUAGACGUGAUGGUCUGCUGUCUCGCUUGUAUUUUAUUCCAGAAAAAACUAUUUUCAUUUCUGUGAUGGCAGAACAUGACGAAUUAACAAUGGAUUUAAAAUGUGCUAAAGAUGUAUCUAGAUCCAGCACACAUCUUCAACUCGUCUCGUACACAUCGUCUCAUAUGUUAACAGCUAGCGAUUGACUGGAGCACUGAGGACUUCACAUCACCAUGGGCCACAGGAAGAGAGGUCACACUCAUGCACCUAAAACCCCUUCAUCUUUGGACACACACUCCUCCAGCAGCACACUGCGACACACUGAUCACGAGCAGGGCAUGAAGCACAGGAUAUGUAUGGUGUCAGACUUCUUCUACCCAAACAUGGGUGGUGUGGAGAGUCACAUCUACCAGCUCUCACAGUGCCUCAUAGAGAAGGGCCAUAAGGUUGUGAUCGCAACUCAUGCAUAUGGAGACCGUCGUGGGAUUCGCUACUUGACCAAUGGACUGAAGGUGUAUUAUCUACCACUGCAGGUCAUGUAUAAUCAGUCCACUGCGACCACCUGCUUUCACAGUUUGCCGUUACUCCGGUGUGUGUUUGUGCGUGAACGCAUCACUAUUGUGCACGCCCACAGCUCCUUCUCCGCAAUGGCCCAUGAUGCUUUGUUCCAUGCCAAGACUAUGGGACUCAACACCGUCUUCACAGAUCACUCUCUCUUUGGAUUUGCGGACCUGAGCUCUGUACUGACCAAUAAGCUGCUGACUGUCUCUCUGUGUGACACCAAUCACAUUGUGUGUGUGUCGUACACUAGUAAAGAGAACACUGUACUGCGAGCUGCUCUUGACCCUGAGAUCGUCUCUGUCAUCCCUAAUGCUGUCGACCCCACUGACUUCACCCCUGACCCCUGUCUCCGUGACAACAGCAAGAUUACCAUUGUGGUCAUCAGUCGACUGGUUUACAGGAAAGGGAUUGAUUUACUAAGUGGAAUCAUUCCUGAACUAUGUGGAAAGCAUCCAGAUCUCUGCUUUCUGAUAGGUGGAGAGGGACCCAAAAGAAUCAUACUGGAAGAGGUUCGAGAAAAAUAUCAGCUUCAUGACAGGGUUCGUCUGCUGGGAGCUCUGGAUCAUAAAGAUGUGAGGGAUGUUCUUGUUCGGGGUCAUAUCUUUCUCAACACUUCUCUCACCGAGGCCUUCUGUAUGGCCAUAGUGGAGGGAGCCAGCUGUGGGCUGCAGGUGGUGAGCACCCGUGUUGGAGGUAUACCUGAAGUCCUGCCUGAUGAGUUGGUGACUCUGUGUGAACCAUCAGUUCGUUCACUUUGUGAUGGCUUGGAAACUGUAAUUGCAAGAAUACGCACAGGAAACGUGGCGUCUCCUGCCACCAUCCACCGCAAGGUCCGAACACUGUACACUUGGAGAAACGUUGCCGAGCGCACAGAAAAGGUGUAUAAUCGGGUGUGCAGGGAGCCCGUUUUGCCAUUUUCUGAGCGACUGCAUAGACUGCGCUCUCACUGUGGUGCUGUGGCAGGCUCCAUUUUCUCCUUUUUUGCUGUUAUUACCUUCCUCUUCCUGCUUCUCCUGCAGUGGCUCCGCCCAGAUCAUCUGAUUGAUGUUGCUAUAGACUCAUCAGGUCCCCACAGCCGAAUGGGGCAGCAGCUUAGUAAGAAGAAAAGUAAAACACCAAACCCAGCUUUGUCCUGAUUAAUGAUCUAACAUGACCUCACAUUAGUCUCAUGGUGGACUUUAUUUAGAAGGGGAAGGAUGCAAGUAAUGAACUGAACUAAACCUGUUGUACCGGUACGUCAUAGUGUACUAUGGUACA